CGGAGAAAACACCUAUCAUUUUCUCGCAAAUAUUCUCGAAACUCUGCUACAUAAUUCGCCCUCCCCUUCAAAACUCAAAUCGAGGAAACCCUGGGCCAUCGGCGACCGCUCGCUGAUAUCCGAUCAUGGGUUCCGAUGCGGAUAUGGAGGAUUAUGGGUUCGAGUACUCUGAAGAGGAGCCAGAAGAACAGGACGUUGAUAUUGAGAAUCAGUACUACAAUUCUAAAGGUUUAGUUGAAACUGAUCCAGAGGAAGCACUUGCUGGCUUUGCUGAAGUAGUUCAGAUGGAGUCUGAGAAAGCGGAGUGGGGAUUCAAAGCACUAAAGCAAACUGUGAAGCUUUACUAUAAAUUGGGGAAAUAUAAAGAGAUGAUGGAUGCCUACAGGGAGAUGCUAACAUAUAUAAAAUCGGCUGUUACGCGUAACUACAGCGAAAAAUGUUUAAAUAACAUAAUGGAUUUUGUUUCUGGUUCAGCAAGUCAGAAUUUUAGUCUCCUACAGGAGUUCUAUCAGACAACGCUUAAGGCUCUUGAAGAGGCCAAGAAUGAGAGAUUGUGGUUUAAAACCAAUCUUAAGCUAUGCAAGAUAUGGUUUGAUAUGGGUGAAUUUUCACGGAUGAACAAGAUACUGAAAGAACUUCGUAAGUCUUGUCGAAAAGAAGAUGGAACUGAUGAUCAUAAGAAGGGAACACAGCUUCUGGAGGUCUAUGCUCUUGAGAUACAGAUGUACACCGAAACGAAAAACAACAAAAAGCUCAUGCAAUUGUACCAGCAAGCUCUUUCUGUAAAGUCAGCGAUUCCCCAUCCUCGAAUUAUGGGAAUUAUUCAUGAAUGUGGAGGAAAGAUGCAUAUGGCAGAACGGCAAUGGGAUGAAGCAGCAACUGAUUUCUUUGAAGCAUUCAAGAAUUAUGAUGAAGCUGGAAAUCAUCGCCGCAUUCAGUGUCUCAAAUAUUUGGUUCUGGCCAACAUGCUGAUGGAAUCUUCAGUGAACCCAUUUGAUGGGCAGGAAGCUAAACCAUACAAAAACGAUCCUGAAAUCUUGGCAAUGACAAAUCUUAUAGCAGCAUAUCAACGAAAUGAGAUUUUUGAGUUUGAAAAGAUUUUGAAGACGAACAGAAGAACUAUCAUGGAUGAUCCUUUUAUCCACAAUUAUAUUGUGGAUCUCUUGAAAAAGAUCAGAACUCAAGUCUUGCUCAAGCUCAUCAAGCCAUACACAAGAAUUGGAAUCCCCUUCAUUUCAAAGGAACUCAAUGUGCCGGAGAAAGAUGUUGUGGAGCUGUUGGUUUCCUUAAUUCUAGAUAACCGUGUACAGGGUCAUAUUGAUGAAGUCAACGGAUCACUGGAACGCGGGGACAGGUCGAAAGGUAUGAAGAAGUAUACUGCCAUGGAUAAAUGGAACGCUCAGCUCAGGUCCUUGUACAUGACUGUUAACAACCGAGUUGGCUGAGAUUAAAACUCGAGUGUAUCUAUUGAGAAAAAGGUCUUUUUUGUUUUUAUUUCUAGUUUUCUCGAUUUAAUAUCGUUCUCUAGUUACCAAAGAUAUGAGCAUAGCAAACUAGAUCUGCGAUGAGUUUGGAUGAUUUUGUGCAAUCUUAUUAAGGGUAAAGAUGACGUGAAUGUUUUCCAGUGUCUUGUAUGGAGAAAGGAUUUUUCUCAUUUAUCAUCUUCUGGUUCGGUUUACUCAGCACAAGUGUGCUUUUUAGAUCUGAGCAUAGUUAUUACGAUGAGGUGACUGAGUUUUGUUGACUCUUGAUCGAGGUACUACGAGUUUUGUAUGCAGUUGCAAUAACUCCUCUUUUGUAACAAGUAUGAGCUAAGUAAUCAUCAGCUCUGAAAAAGUUCCUGUA